UCCCCUUCAGUCUUGCACAGGUGUACUGGCUCCUCCCCUCCAGUCUUGCACAGGUGUACCUGCUCCUCCCCUUCAGUCUUGCACAGGUGUACCGGCUCCUCCCCUUCAGUCUUGCACAGGUGUACCGGCUCCUCCCCUUCAGUCUUGCACAGGUGUACCGGCUCCUCCCCUUCAGUCUUGCACAGGUGUACCGGCUCCUCCCCUUCAGUCUUGCACAGGUGUACCGGCUCCUCCCCUUCAGUCUUGCACAGGUGUACCGGCUCCUCCCCUUCAGUCUUGCACAGGUGUACCGGCUCCUCCCCUUCAGUCUUGCACAGGUGUAUCGGCUCCUCCUCUUUAAUCUUGCACAGGUGUACCGGCUCCUCCCCUUCAGUCUUGCACAGGUGUAGCGGCUCCUCCCCUUCAGUCUUGCACAGGUGUACCGGCUCCUCCCCUUCAGUCUUGCACAGGUGUACCGGCUCCUCCUCUUCAGUCUUGCACAGGUGUACUGGCUCCUCCCCUUCAGUCUUGCACAGGUGUAGCGGCUCCUCCCCUUCAGUCUUGCACAGGUGUACCGGCUCCUCCCCUUCAGUCUCGCACAGGUGUACCGGCUCCUCCCCUUCAGUCUUGCACAGGUGUACCGGCUCC